GACUAGUCUAGCGGAGGAUGCAUCCAUACCUAGGUACCUGCCUAAGACACAUAAUCCAACUUGCACCUUUGGCUCGCCGCGACUUUUGAUCAUCCCGCAAGCUUCUCGGCCGAGCCCAAACUGUGUCAUCAAAAGGAGAAAGCAAUACCCCGCUCUUUGACAGCCCAAACUCGACAAUGAUUUGCCCCAAGGCACUCGCAGUGCACCUAAAACCAGUCACGGCGGGAUGCGUGCGCAUGCUGGCGAGCACCGCGCGCCCGACCAUAUGCCUGGCGCAUCUUGCCUCAAAGGCACUACCGACGGCGACGGACCAAAGGCGAUCAGCCAACCAGAUACGAUGUUACGCCAGCAGAAAAAGGACAGCAAAAUCAUUCCCGGAGAUAGCGUCGGCUGAUGAGGGUCGGGUACUAGCUCGACGCAAUGACCGAAACGAUGCAGAAGAAGGAGUCGAAGAAGAAGAGGGUCCCUGGGACUUCAAAAAGAUGGGAAGGUUCCCAAAGGACGAGGAACUUCUCGAAGUUUGCGAGAAGAUAGUAUUCCGCAAAGCCGACGGGCUGUCGGAGCCGCAAUGGCUGGUGGAAGUGCUCAAGAACGCCGACCUCAAGACCGAUCAACUAGAGUGCAUUGCCCUACCUGGGCCCACGAACAGAGGUCUUCUCUACCCGAUCUGCCGAUUCAUGAACCGGGAGCAGUUGAAGCGAGAGCAGAAGGAAAGGGAAAAGGCGGCCCGGCGCAGCAAGGUCAUGACCAAGGAGAUGGAGAUCAACUGGGCCAUCACCAAGCAUGACCUAGGCCACAAGUUGAAGCAGCUGCUGAAAUUCCUGCAGAAGGGAUGCCAGUGUGAGAUCACUUUUCAAAAUAAGGUCAGGGGGAAGAAGAAGGCGACCAUGGAGGAGAUGCAGGAGACGGUCAGGCUGGUGAAGGAGGCGAUUAUGGAUAUUCCCGGAGCAAACGAGUAUAAAUCUGCGGAUGGCAGCGUGGGAUCGCCUGUCUACAAGAUGUUUUGGCAGGCAACGCCGAAAAAAGGAGCAGAGGGAGAGUCUCAAACUUCGACAUAGCUUGCAGAGCUCCAUAGACCUCUAUCCCCUAACUCAGGCAUUGAAGACACAUAGCUGAGAUAAUCGGGAAGCCUGAUCGGAUGGCAAUUGGUCGAAAUUUUGUAUAGUAAAGGCACUGUACUGAUAGUGUUUGUUUGAAGCGGGCAUUCAUAUGUGGCGCGAGAGUUGAGCCACUUUGUAGAAUUACAGUAGAUCUAGAUAGAAUUAGAGCUUUGUUCAUGCGUACUAAGUAAAUGUACCUGACAACUGGCUAGGUAGCUGUACCUACGCGACGUUGGGAUGAUCUGAAUGGUUGGUUGAAUCGUGGGGUAUGCAAA